CGCGGGGAUGAAAACACGUGUCAACGUUAUACUCCACACCGCAGACACGAGGGCACCUGGAUUCUAAAGUGUUCGUGAUCUUCGGUUGCGCCCCUGACCGAAUUACCCAGAGACGCAAACGUUCGUAAAAGCUAACGGGAAUUUUUUAACUCGACGAUUCAUGCAGAGAGUGGCUUGUUUCUCGUCGAAAUAUGAACAGAUCGGUGGCCCGUAAUUGUUGAAAUUAAUAUUUAUAGAUAUGAGUGAAAAAUUCAGCAAACUCGACGCUAAUUGAGAAGUCAAUUGAAAUUUCGCAUGUAGGAAACAGUGGCGAAAAAAACUUUGUUUAUGAAUUGAUCUUAUAUCGAGUGGUUCUUUGAAAAAAAAUUCGAAAUAUUAAUCCGCUUGGUCCACAAACGAGAUAAACGCCCAUUCGGCGUGAUUCCAUCAUUUUUAAUGUGAACUUGUAGAUUUUUUAUCGUGCCCCAUUUGUACGGAGUCGUUAAAUUAGCAAACGUUAAGCGCGUAAGGAAAAUCCGUUCAUUAAAUUUUUAUGACCCAUCGUAAUUCGCGCGUGCCCUUUUUUUCCUCAUACGUUUGGCGGGGUGAAAAACUUCCAGAUAAUUUUGAUUAUCUUGAAGAAAAAUUGGAUGCUCUACUCGGACGUCGCAUUAUGACCGUAGAGCAAUCCGGCUGAUUUUUUCACCUCUUUCAUCUCGCUGACACGCCGUGUCGACUUAAUCACCAUUUAGACGUACUCAAAGAGGAUCGUGAAAAUGUCGGUUGAGGUGAGAGCCGGCCGUCCAACGGUGCCGACAGUCCCACAGUCCAAAAGACCAACUAUUCUGGUGUAUCCUACGGUUUCUCCGGAAAGCAUUAUAGUGCCCAUUGUUUCCUGCAUACUCGGAUUUCCUCUGCUGGCUCUUCUGGUCAUCUGUUGCCUGAGAAGACGUGCGAAACUAGCGAGAGAACGAGCUCGGAGAAGAAACUGCGACAUGGACCACGGAGCUCUGAGUCUUGUCAGAUUCAGCCCCAUACAUCGACUCGCUGCAGCAUCCAAAGAAGACUUGGGUGAAAUCGGAUUGAACACUGGAGUGGGGAGGACUAACAGGGCGGUAUCUCUUCGAAGCGAAAGAUGUUCUCGAGCAUUUCCAUCGUUGGAAUUGGACACGGUUGUCGAAGAGCGAUCGGAUCCGGAACAGAGCACUGCCCUGGAACUAAGUAGUCCGGACUAGCAUACGGCUCUCGUGGCACCACCAAGAUCGCCGAGGAGAUCGACGGUUCUGGUUGUGCCGCCUCCAGUCGACCGAAGCCCGCUUUGGACAGCGCUGACUCAUGCGAAUUCCGUAACAACGGUUUUAGGGGAUACCUAGCAGGAAAUUAAAGACAGCAGUUUUGUCGAAGCGCUUGUUCUUGAGCUACCGAUCAUUUACUGACAACGGAGUAUCAACCACAUCGCUAACGACCACGCUGUCUUCGGAACUCCAUCCUUCAAUUUAUCGAGAGAUAAAAUCGAUGCUGUGAGGGAAAAUUUCACAUCAUAUCAGCUAUAUAAUAACGGCAAUGGGACACAAAUACAUUGUGCAGUUAUAUUAUCAAACCUAUCGAACUUCUCAUUCUCGCACCAAUCAUACAUGCUGACCGGCUCUUAUAUGAUAACUAUCGUGUUUGUCAUUGUAUAAAAACCAAAAUGUGGUGGAAUAUUUAAAUUAUAUAUAAAAUUGCGGUGAAUGAGAAAUCUUAAGUAAAAUCAAUAAAAUGCACAAUUUGUACAGAAUAAAACAGCUUAAGUAUAAAUAAUUAUAGUGCAGAUAGUAAUUAAAAAUUUGGGGAUACGUACACGGAAUUAUUGUUGACAGUUUUGGAAUUUUCAUAGUAAAUUUAUAAUCACAUCUCUAAAGGUCGUGGAAAAUCGAAAAGUGGAAACUAUUACAACUUUUUAUGGACAUAUGUGUGGACCCUAACACCCCAAAAAGAUAAUCGUUUAUAUAUUAUAUAUCCUGUGUAGUUUAAGCAUUACAGCUGUCAAAUUAAAUUUACCAAGAAUUAAGCUUUUUGAGAUAAGAAUGCGAUGUAGGGAAUUAUAAAUGAGGUAGGUGCAUUUGUGAAGGAUUUGUACAUUUGUAUAGAUAUUAGGUAUGAUAUACACGUACUAUUAUACAAAAUGUAAUCAUUUUUAUGAAUAAGGUGGUUUUUACUAGUUGGCCAAAGAUACGCGAAGCUUGUUGAAUGUAUGAGAGUAUCAGCAAAUAGCUAUAUCGAAUUGUGCUUUAUGAUAAGUUAGGAAAUAGUACAGUUGAAAUACUGUGUUCAAUAUUCAGUUUUUGGUAAUUAAUCCGCAGUUUGAUGACUGUUCCGAGAAACGAUUGGAAAUUUUGAUUUUUUCUACAAACUGUUUCUCUUUGUCCAAACUAAUGAUAUACCGUCGGAGGAGGCUAACAUUUCCUAUAAUUUUUAUGAAUUAUAGUUUUAAAAUUCGGGGAAAUGAGGGAAAAUCCUACGCCCGAGUUACAAAUAUUAUUUUUCGAUGCAAUCCCGAUGAAAUAGAAAAAGAUUCAAAAGGUAAUAAAUUUGUAUAUAACUCUCGAUAAACUAUGAUAAUUUAAAAAUCUUAGGGUCGAGAGUACAAUGGGGAGAGUGGCUGGAGAGUUUCUGGUAAUACGAACCUCAUAAUUCAGGUAAUUAAUGAAAAAUAUCAACUUCCCCCGACAAAAUAUCAUUCAUAUUGAAAGAAUAAACAACACCAUAUCAAAAAACGAAUUGUUUCGCCAUUUUUCAGAAAAGCCAUCAAACUGCAUAAUUACCCAGUUUUUGUGCGUAUACCUGUAAGUAUUGUAUAUGGGGGUGUAUAUAAAUGAAUACGAUAUAUAUGUAGUUGUAGAUAUAGUUGCAAUGUGGAUAACGUGACACUGAAGUUGGGACUUAUCAAGAGUUAGCCAACAAUCACGACAUAAAUCACCCAAACGACUUGCUUGUCCUUACCGCCUGGACAUACUCAGUAACGGUUACAAAUUAUACGUUUGUUUGAUCCAUCAACGUCCAUCUUACGCCACAUCUGAACAUAUAAUAUGGAUAAAAUAUGAUAAAUAUCAUCAUUCGGUGAACAUAAUCAAUGGCGCCCUUCCACACCAUUACGAUUUAUACGAGACUCAGUUACAACGGCCAGCAAUCAAUGCGUUCGAAUUGUUUGAACAGUGGAAGCGAAGAAUCAUUCUCAGGCGCUUGGCCACCUGGACGCUCUUGCUCUCUGCUAUGAACAAUAAUACAGGAAACUAAUGUGUAGAACAAAGCGUGGAAGAGCCAAGAUUAUUUUGCGACACCUUAGUCUUUGUAAAAAAAUUUAUCAUAUUUGCAGAUUGAAUUUCGGUUUCUGAAGUCAUCAAUAUCGAUCUAUAACAAAACAAGAAAUCAAAAACGAUAUGAAAUGAGAUAAAUUUGUAUUCAGUCAAUCUCAAAAUUGAUGUAAAUUUGGUAAAAACUAUUCUGUCAUAUCGUCUGCAAAUUCUGUUGCAUUUCAGGAUUAGUAUAUUGAGUUCUGUUUCAAUAAUGACCAAACCCCACUUACAAUUGGUGAUAAUUUUGUUGAGGAAUUAAUUAACCCAUUUCAGACAGUAAUUAUAAAUUACACAUAGAUAUGUAGCACUAAGACGAUAAAUAAUUACACAAAUCACAUCACCGAAAACAUGUAUUUUUGACAUGAGCAGCUGAAUUCAAGUUAAAUUCUGUGAGCCAGGAGCUUAUAGAGAGAACACUUCAAUAAAAAAAUUUGAAUAUGUAUUGCAGAGCUGAACAAAGCAAUUCCCGAUGCAUCAUAUCUCGGUGAUAGACUGUGUGUAAUAAAGAAAAAAGUGAUGCCAUAGUAAUGAACCUCAUGCAAAAGAUGAAUUGACUCAUAACACACUGGUUUCUGGAUAAAAACUUAUCGAACUUUAUAUAAAUAUAGAGUGAAUAUUUGAUGGUGAUUUGAUCUCUGGACGUCUAUGCUUCUAUUGAGUUUAGAUGCACAAUGACACUGAGCAAAUUCAUAUGGAAUGUUCUGCGGUCUAAAUUGUAGAAUAUGGUCAGAAGCGAAUGUACCUCAGCGUAUCAUAACUAACUGCAUCAUGUGAACAAUGAAUCGUAUAAGUUUACCUACCUGCAAGGAAUUCGCUUAGCAAACUAUAUAUUUUAAUAACAAAAACCAAUAAAAAUUUCACAAAAACA